AUGACACACGCCGAAGCUCAAUCUAAAAAAACAUCGAGAAAAGGGGCUAAGGAGAGUCGGCGACACAAGAUGCUGGUGGAGCGGCUGAUGCGGGCGGAUAUGCAGCCGGAGAAGCCUGUUCGGGCUGUAAACGCGGCACCUCUUCAGACUCCUGCAGUUGUGGAGGAUCGGAUUCUGUGGCCGCCCGUGGCCAUAGUAAAAAACCUGCAAACGUAUUGGACGCUUGAUAAGAUUCAGAACAGGAAGAUUCUGGGCGGCACCACUCGGGAGGAGCUGGAAAGCACUCUGAAGAACUAUGGGCCGCGGAAAGUGGAUGUGCUAUACAACCGCAUGGGCCAUACAGGCAUGGCUCUGAUUCACUUGGAGGAGAACGCCAAGGGGUGGGAGGCUGCGUCCAAGCUGGACAAGACGUAUGCCCAGUCGGGGUGGGCGAGGGAGGGGUAUGCGAAUGGGAGGAGGGGCGAGACAAAAGAGUUGUUUGUGUGGGCGGCAAGGGAGCAGGAUUUGAAGGAGGAGAGUGAGAAGGGGCCGCUAGGGAGUGUGCUGCAUAAGAAGCACAAGGCAACCAAGAGCCUGAGGGAGGUGUUGGACGAGGAGGAGUCAGUGAAGCGGCAGCAGGAGAGGGAGGAGAGGCGCGUGCAGGAGCGGGCGUAUAUGCGCCUGUCAGAGCGCCUGCAGGACACAGAGGGGCGGCUCAAGGAGAUGGAAGAUUCUGCUAUGCAACUCAGGAAGAAGCACGAGCAAGAGCUGGCAGAGGCACACGCGUACACACAGGAGGUGAUGGAGAGGCAGAUGAGCGAUCGCAUGCGGGAGGUGCGGCGCAUGGAAGGGGAGAUGGAGUGGCUGCAGCGACAACUGGAGGCGAGGAGUGCUAACGAGCAGGAGACGAGGCGAAGGUUGGAGGUGCUGACACGGCAACUGAAGCAGCAGGAGCAGCAAGGGGAGCUGCAGCAGCAGCAGGCUCAGAGGCGAGCGCGUGAAAUGGAGGAACUGGAAGCGAGGUUCCAGCAGGUGCGGCUGAAGGUGGAGCAGAGGCAUCGCAUGGAGGUACAACUGGAGGAAGCCAAGGGCAAGCAGGGAGCAGCGGGGGAGGAGGGGUCGAAGGAGGCGGAGGAGAGGGUGAGGCGGCUGGAGGAGGAGUUGGAGGAGGCGAAGGAGAUGCUAGACGAGGAACAGGACAGGUUCUUUCGGCUGUCCGUGGAUGCAAGGGUGAAGGAUGACGAUGUGCUGAAUGCCCGGAAGACCGUCCUUGAGUUCCUGAAAGACCAGCAGAAACUCCUCAAGGCAGUGACCCUCCCAGGAAUACCCGAGCUGGCGAUCCGCCCUCCCGUGCGCCCCCACAUGGUGGGGCUGCUUAAGAAACCACUCUGGCUCAAGGCUUACAAGGCCUGCCACACAUGCAAGGCGUGUCCCGCUUGCCGGGCAAACAAGGCGAUCAAGGCGUGCAAGCAGUGCAGGGCGUGUGGGGCGUGCAGCAAGGGGAUGGAUGAUCGGGACCCCAACUGGCAGGCUGAUUUCACUGUGAAGUUCUCUGAAUGGGAGGAGCUGAUUAGGUCGACUGAGCAUGACUUCUUUCGAGUGCAAGAAAUAGAUGGAUUUGCCAAGCGUGUGUUCAACAGUACAGACGAGCUAGUGGCCAAGGCUAUGAGAGAGAUCGAGGCGGACUUUGCAUGGGCGGGCGUGGUGGAUUUCAAGCGAGCAGUAGCAGAAAUUGAAGAGUACAAUGCGAGCGGGCGGUACCCUGUCACUCUGCUGGUCAGCACUGACGGGGAUGAGGCCGAGGAGGGGAAUGGAGGCGAUGCGGCUUCUGGUGGUGAAGGAAUGGCAGGAGGAGGAGGAGGAGGAGGAGAGGGGGCGGGAGCAGGAGGAGAGGGGGCGGGAGCAGGAGGAGCAGGAGGAGCAGCAGGAGGAGGAGGAGCGACAGGGGGAGCAGCAGCAGGUGGUGGGAAAGGGGCAGGGGGUGGGGAGGAAGUGAGUGGGGUGAAGCAGGUAGCCAAGAUUGGGGGAAGCAGUGGAGGGGAGGAAGAAGAGGAGGGCGGAGGACAGUGUGGGAGGGGUAGGUGUGGGGGGGGGGGGGGGGAGAGGGGAGAGGAGGGAGAGGGGGAGGAGGGGGGGGAAGAGGAGGGGCAGAGGGAGGAGCAGGGGGAAGGGGAGGGGCAGGGGCAGGGAGAGGGCUGGGGGGAGGGGUGGGGGAUGAUGGUGCAACCAGGGGUGGGAGGAAUCAGAGCAGCACAGUGGAGUGGAGGGGGGUGGAGAAUGGUGAUGGGGGAGGGAGAGAGGAGGGGAGCACUGCUGGCAACAGCGGCGGUAGGGGUAGGGGCAGAGCUGGACGGUGGGGGCGGGGAUAGUAGAAAGAACGUCCAAGAGCUUGUUGUUUUUAUUCUUUCUGCUAUUGGGCUUUUGGGUGGAAGGAAUUGA